CAGAGGGACGCGUCACUCUCCGCCAACCGGUGCCCCUCCGCCAAAGAGGGAAGCUGAGCGGAUAGAAGAGGCUGAGAGCGCGGAGACCGAAAGUAGUCCUCGUGGCGGGGAGCGCGCGUGCGCGUGCCCGGCGGCCAAUUCCCGGGGCGAAGAGCGCGGUCCUGGAGCGGAGGGAUCCGGAGAAAGCCGCAGUGCCGCGGGAGCGCGCGGGCCGGGUGGGGCGGGGCCGGGCAAGGCUGCCGUUGAGGGACCGUUGGGGCGGGCGGCGGCGGCGGCGGCGCGCGCUGCGGGCAAAGAGUGUGGAGGCGCGGACGCGCGGCGGAGCUCGAGCUGCUGCAGCUGCUGCCGCCGCCAGAGUAACCUCGAUCCCCGAGCUCCGGACACCCGGUGCCUCGCCAUGGCUGACCAGCUGACUGAAGAACAGAUUGCAGAGUUCAAGGAAGCCUUCUCCCUCUUUGACAAGGAUGGAGAUGGCACCAUUACCACCAAGGAGCUGGGGACUGUGAUGAGAUCGCUGGGGCAGAACCCUACUGAGGCUGAACUGCAGGACAUGAUCAAUGAGGUGGACGCUGAUGGCAAUGGGACCAUUGACUUCCCAGAGUUCCUGACCAUGAUGGCCAGAAAGAUGAAGGAUACAGACAGUGAGGAGGAGAUCCGAGAGGCCUUCCGUGUCUUUGACAAGGAUGGGAAUGGCUAUAUCAGUGCCGCCGAGCUGCGUCACGUCAUGACGAACCUGGGGGAGAAGCUGACGGAUGAGGAAGUGGACGAGAUGAUCCGAGAGGCUGACAUUGAUGGAGAUGGCCAGGUCAAUUAUGAAGAGUUUGUACAGAUGAUGACUGCGAAGUGAAGGCCCGGGCAGCUGGCCAUGCCCGUUCUCCUGAUCUCUUCUCGCGCUCUCCUCUCUUCAACACUCCCCUGCGUACCCGGUUCUAGCAAACACCAAUUGAUUGACUGAGAAUCUGAUAAAGCAACAAAAGAUUUGUCCCAAGCUGCAUGACUGCUCUUUCCCCGUCCUCCUGACUGUCCCUCCAUGCCCCUCAUCGCUUCCUUUGGCCUCCCCCCUUCUGUUCCCAUUUUCCAGGCCUGAUGCAUUCAUAAGGUGAACCCCAUUGCCCUGGGGAGCCUCUGCCCUCCUCCUCCAGCCCGGAUGGCUCUCCUCUGUUUUUGGUUUGUUUCCUUCUGUUUGCCCUUCUUUGGGUGCUGGGGUGACCACCAGUCCUGUCCCUGCCCAGUGGGGAGGGGAGCCAGACUUGCCAGGUGGAGGAGCAUGUCCUCUGCCACUGUUGCAUGCACCCCAGCCCUGUGAUUCUAUGUGCAAACCCAGCAGCCUGUGGGGCGGGGUGCCAAGAGGGGGCGUUCCAGGACUGAGAGUCGAGGAAGUGUGGCAGUGACAGGAUGUGACCCAGGAUGGGGGUGGGGGGUGGGAGGGUUGGGAAGGGGCAGGAAGGCUCUUGGAAGCUAACAUGCUUUCACUGCUGGAGGGGGACGGACAGAGCGGACAGCACUCGGGUCUGUUCUGAAACCAUCUGGCUGGCUUUCUGAGGUCAAGCUGGGUGGGGGACUGUCAUUGGCCAUGAUGCCGAUCACACUUGCCCUCAUCCCUCCAGCGAUCUCACGCUGUUCUGUAAAUACCUGGUGCUAACAUCCCAUGCCGCUCCCCCAUGGCGUCCCCAGCCACCUGCCCAGUUCAGGGCUGGUCCAAGAAUGAUGUGGGGGAUGGUCGCUGUGUAAUGUGCUGGUGAUCUUUUUUCUUCUUCCCCUUUAUGCCCCUUAAAACUUUGAUUUUUGUCCCUAACAUGCCGGGCCAACUAAAGGAAGGGUGGGGAGAGGGGAGAUGAGCCCCACCAUGCUCACAAGAACCAACCUGCAAUAAACACUUCUGUGGGCCACCGCGCAGAGCACGCAGCGGGCACCUCCUGCCCCUCCGUGGUGACUUGGCAUUGCUUUCUGCCCGCCUCUGCCCUCCUCACCCUGCCUGCCCCACUCCCCGGCGGAGAGCAUGAUCCGCACCCUUGCUUCUGACUCUAGCCUCUGGGACAUAUGUCAGUCAACGUGGGCAGUUCAGUCUGGGUUCGUUUCCUUUCUCUGUUCUCAUCUGGCCCCCCAGGGCAAUCACGUUGCUUUUGCUGGGACCUGCCCAGCUUUGAGACUCCUUUCCACCCCUUGGCACCAGCCUUGAGGGAGGGAGGGAGGGACAGGGCAUAUCGGGAGACCCAGCCAAGAGCUGAGGGUAAGGGCAGGUAGACGUGAGGCUGUGGACUUUGCGGAAUGUUUCGGUUUUUGUUUUUUCGUUUUGUUUUUUAUUUUUGUUUUUGUUUUUAAACCGGGCAAUAUUGUGUUCAGUUCAAGCUGUGAAGAAAAAUAUAUAUCAAUGUUUUCCAAUAAAAUACAGUGACUACC